AUGUUUCUGAAACCGCCCUUCUUUUUAUUGGUUGGUGAUAGUACCACGGCCACUCAAUCAUCAAAUGGCGGUGGCUGGGGAGACGGCUUUUUAAACACAACUCUUUUUCAAGGAGCAAGAGGCCGGAACUUUGGGCAUAAUGGAGCUACCACUUUCAGUUUUCGCUCUGAUGGAGACUGGUACGAUGUUCUCGAGACUAUUCAAGAAGUUCGUGAGAACUACUGCCCGUUUGUAACAAUUCAAUUUGGGCACAAUGAUCAGAAGUCCUCAGCCAAUAUCUCCUUGUCGGAAUUUGUACAAAAUUUGGACAACUUUGUCGCGGAAUCUCGUGAAGCUGGUGCCGAACCAAUUUUAUUAACGCCCUUGUCACGUCGGAACUAUAAAGAUUCAACAAUGGGGCCGAGAAUUAUCCAUGAUUUGGCCAACGUUACCGGUGCUGUCAUCGAAGCCGCUCACAUAUCAAAGACUUCUUAUAUCAACCUCAACAAAGAAAGCACUCGCUACCUAAAUGCAAUCGGACUGGCGAAUGCGUAUACGUAUGACCUUAAUGAUGCUGACCACACUCAUCUAAACUUGGAGGGUAGUGUGGUAUUCGGCAGUAUUGUGGCAGAGUUGAUCCAAAGAGAUUUUCCAGCAUUAGAGAACGCAGGUUUCAUUCAUGUGGAUCGGAGGAUUUCCAACGACAUUAAAGAAGGAACCUACUACUGGCCAUAG